GUGGACUUAGAUUAGAUUAGAUUCGUUUGGUUCUGUCUUUUGGAUUGUGCGACUGCGAUGCGAUUAAUAGAAGAAUCUGUUUGUCCCAUGAAUGAUCACCACUCUGACCUGACCUGACCAGUGACCAUUACUUGCUUUUUUUACUUCCUUUUUUUACUCUGUAAACUCUUAACACAGUCUUGCAGUUGCAGACAUAUAAACUGAAUUUCAUUCGUAAAGCUUUCGUUUUUCUUUGAUUCCGGAUAUAUGGGUUGCUUCUCGUGUUUCGAUUCGACUUCAACACAGGAUCACAACCUCAAUUCUCAGCUGGAUCAGGAUCAGAAUCAGAAUCAGAAUCAGGAUCAGGAUCAGGAUCACCGUAACCGUAACCGUAACCGUAACCAGCACCAACCCAAUCCAACCCUCCCUUCUCAUAUUUCCAGAUUGCCCUCUGGAGCAGACAAGUUACGGUCCAGAAGUAAUGGAGGUUCCAAAAGGGAACUGCCCCCUCUCAAGGAUGGACCCGCUGUCCAAAUUGCUGCUCAAACUUUUACUUUCCGUGAACUUGCAGCUGCAACAAAAAACUUUAGACCAGAGUCCUUUGUAGGGGAAGGUGGUUUUGGAAGGGUGUACAAAGGAAGGCUGGAAAGCACGGGUCAGAUAGUUGCUGUUAAACAAUUGGACAAAAAUGGUCUUCAGGGUAAUCGAGAAUUCCUUGUAGAGGUUCUCAUGCUCAGUCUUCUACAUCAUCCAAACCUUGUGAACCUCAUUGGAUACUGUGCGGAUGGGGAUCAACGCCUCCUCGUUUAUGAUUUUAUGCCAUUGGGAUCAUUGGAAGAUCACCUUCACGAUCUUCCCCCUGAUAAGGAACCACUAGAUUGGAACACUAGGAUGAAAGUAGCUGCUGGUGCUGCUAAAGGAUUAGAAUACCUGCAUGAUGAGGCAAAUCCUCCUGUCAUUUAUAGAGACUUCAAAUCAUCUAAUAUAUUACUUGGUGAAGGAUACCACCCAAAGCUUUCUGACUUUGGUCUUGCAAAGCUUGGUCCUGUUGGUGACAAAUCACACGUUUCUACCCGUGUGAUGGGAACUUAUGGUUAUUGUGCUCCUGAGUAUGCUAUGACCGGACAACUGACUGCAAAGUCAGAUGUAUAUAGUUUUGGGGUGGUCUUCUUAGAGCUGGUUACUGGCCGUAAAGCAAUCGAUAGCACCCAGCCCCAUGGAGAACAAAACCUUGUCAAAUGGGCACGUCCACUGUUUAAUGACCGCAGGAAAUUUUCAAAGUUGGCUGAUCCAAGGCUGCAGGGGCGAUUUCCCAUGAGGGGUCUUUACCAGGCUCUAGCUGUGGCAUCAAUGUGCAUUCAAGAAUCAGCUGCUACACGUCCUAUGAUUGGAGAUGUGGUGACAGCCCUCUCUUAUCUGGUCAACCAGGCAUAUGACCCUAACAAUGCUGGGAAUGAUAAAAGGAACAGAGAUGAUAAAGGUGGAAGAAUAAUGAAAAAUGAUGAAGCUGCAGGAUCUGGACGCAGAUGGGAUUUGGAAGGAUCCGAGAAAGAUGACUCCCCACGAGAAACUGCGAGGAUGUUAAACAGAGAUCUUGAUAGAGAACGUGCCGUGGCUGAAGCCAAGAUGUGGGGAGAGAACUUGAGAGAAAAAAGAAGACAAAGUGUGCAGCAGGGCAGUUUUGAUGGUUCUAACGCUUAAUUUAUUUUUGUGCAAAUCCCAGCAGCUUCUUCUAUAUCUUGGAUUGCUUAGUUUUCUGACUUAUGGCUAAGGAAGGUGCAAAAUAUGGGUAGGUCAUCUUUCUUUGAACUGAUCUAGAGCAAUCUGGAUAGCCAUUUUGGCCACAGAAUGGGGUCUAAUUUAUUUAGAAUCUGGCUAGCUGCCAUUUCUUGCCAUGGCUGCAACAUAAAUGAACGUGGUAUAAUAUCUUUUCUAACAUAACCUUUUGGGCACUUUUUUCCCCCCUUAUUUCUUUUCUGUACCUUUACCUCUUGAACACGAGCAUAAUCGAGGGUGUACAUUAAUUGCUAGAACUAGUCAUGGUUUUUGUGUCGUAAAAGCUUUGGUAGAUUCUUUGUAGUAUGUUUAUGAUAAUCUCAGU